AUGCUAGAUGAUUAUGGAAUAAAAGUUACAUUCUUUAUCAAUGGCCACAACGCAGAUCCGUAUUGUAUCUACGACUAUGCUGAUAUCAUACAACGUGCUUACUCCUCAGGUCACCUAAUCGCCCAUCACACAUGGUCCCACCCGUACUUGACUGGAGUCAGUCCUGAUGAAGUAACCUACCAAUUGGAUUAUUUAAAUACUGCGUUUAAGAAAAUUCUUGGCGUUACUCCACGAUAUUUCCGGCUUCCGUACGGUGAUGGUGUCGAUAAUCCGAGCAUAAAAUCAGCUAUUCUUGCGAACGGAAUGGAUAAAAUAGUAAUGUGGGAUGUAGAUCCUCAAGAUUCUAUAGCAGGUGUCACCGAAUCGCAGUGUGAAGCAACUUUUGACAAAGCGACUAGUGAUCAAAAUCCCCAUAUCGUGAUAAAUCACGACAGAAUUGAAACUACAUGUAGUCAAUUGGUUCCUUAUGAGAUUUCUCAAUUAAUUAACAAUGGGUAUCAAUUUGAUACGGUGGCUGGGUGUACCGGAGAUUCGGACUCAAACGAUUGGUAUAAUAUUGAUACCGGAUCAUUUGGUACAAAAGACGAAACUUGGACAUGUGAUUCGGAUGAUAUGCAUGAUUCGUUUAACACAUCACCUAGCAAUAAGUAA